UUCGGGUUACCAUGGUGCCGAGCAUUACGCAUAAUUUAUGUACACAUUUUAUUCACUGAAAAAGACAAAGUGGAAGUGAAUGAAGCUGGGAACCUGCUAAACAAGAUAUUUUUCUGUAAUUAAAUGGCAAAGCGGUGUAAAAGCACCUGGAUUGAUAGAGCGGCGUCUGGUCUUCGGCACACCUAGCAACCCUUAGUCCGCGACGUAUACCUUUUAUGAGCAAAAUUUCUCGGUGGGCAGACGAACCUGAACUCCUGAAUUUAACCCUUGAAUCUCAUCUAAAAUAAACUAAAACCGCAUUUAACGGCGUGAAAACUGAACAACCGCUAAUAUUCCAAUGUGUCAGUGAUUUUUCCUCAACUAUGCGACCCCGAAAACCCAAGUAAAAAUUAACUUCCGCAGACGUCAGCAAGUGCCACAGAAAAAAAAAGAAUUAGAUGGAAUAAACAAAUAAACAGGCGUGAUUCGAUAAACAAAACCAAGGAACAAGCAGUACAGCACAGCGAAGGAAAAUAGGAGCGGCCAAGUGUGCCGUGCUGUCAUGCAUUUUGUCACACAGCAGCGGGCACAACAGCAGCACCACAAGUCCUCCGCCUCCUCGUCGAGUUCCUCGCUGGCCUCCAGUUCCUCGUGUUCCGGCUCGGGAUCAGGAUCGGGAUCGGGAUCUGGCCUGGGAUUGGGAUCCGGCUCCCGCUUCGUGGCCCUGCGCAAGUCCUCCAGCCAGGGGGCCCUGCCCAAGUCCUUGUCCACCGCACAUAGCUUCUUCCAUCGUCCUUCGCAGGGCAAGCACAAACGCACCUCCAGCCUAAAUGCGCCGCCCAUGAUUAAAGAUAGUGAUAUAACCAACCCAACAACAUCAAGUGUAACCAUAACCGCUACGACUGCCGAAAGUUCGAGCAGUAGUAAUGCCAACAUGAUACCCGAGACCACCCAGCCCGAUCAGCUCCAGUCACAGUCACAGAUACAGACACAAUCCCAGCUCCAGCUCCAAUCCCAGUCACAAUCGCAAUCGCAAUCGCCGCAGUCACAGUGCCCACAGGCACAGGAUAAUCCCGAAACCGAUCCCCAGCAGCAAUCGCAGCCGGAGGAGGAGGCGAAGCAGGCGGACGCGGCUGGUAGCAAUAAUGGUGGCGACAGGCGCGAUUCGAUCACCGAGGAGAUCACCAUAACGAGCACCACAAACAGCAGUUUGAGCAACAAACUCCUGACCAUUCAGGAAGCUGCCGGCAGCCUCGAGCAGAGCAGCGUCUCCAUAUCGACGUCCUCCAACCAGAACGCUUCCACAACAGCUGGCGGAUCGCCGCCGACAGUUGGUGCAGCUCCAGGUGCCAAUGAAUCCAACGGCAGCAACCUCAGUUUAAACCAGGCCGCCACUUCCACAAGUCCUGGCUCCAGUUCGAGUGCCGCUAACACCGCUGCUUCGGGAGCCACGCCCAGCAUUAACAUCGUGUCCAGCGAUUCGAGCAGGGAUCAGCCACCACAACAGUCGCAGAGCGUCGAAUCCAACGGAUUUACUGCUCCUGGGGACAGUCCCUCUAGCCGGAAGAGCUCCACCAGCUCCAAGGGCAAGGCCAGCCAGGCCAAGCUAUCCACAUCCAGCAGCGGACGCGAUGAGCAGGACAUCUCGCACCACCGCCUGAGCGAUCUCACCCAGCACGAGCUGAGCCUGCUGCGCGUCGACCGGGACCAACAGUUGACCAGCAGCAGCUCCACCUCCAACGAGAAGCCGGCCAAGCCGUCUAGGCUAUCGGAGCGGGCCAAGAAGAAGUCCUGGUACAACGUCAUCUAUCCCAACUACAAGUCGCGGGCCGAGGACUUCAAGAAGCUCUUCAAGGACGUGCCCAACGAUGAGCGCCUGAUUGUGGACUACUCGUGUGCCCUGCAACGCGACAUUCUCGUCCAGGGGCGACUGUAUGUGUCACAGAACUACGUCUGCUUCCAUGCGAACAUCUUCAGCUGGGAGACCUAUGUGAGCAUCAAGUGGAAGGAUGUGACGGCCAUUACCAAGGAGAAGACGGCCCUGGUGAUACCCAAUGCCAUAUCGAUAACCAGCGGCAAGGACAAGUACUUCUUUGCCACGUUCACCUCGCGCGACAAGAGCUUCUUGAUGCUCUUCCGCGUCUGGCAGAACACGCUGAUGAACAAGCCGUUUUCGGCGCAGGAGAUUUGGAAGCAUGUGCACACCUGCUACGGCGAGGAGCUGGGCCUGACCACCGACGACGAGGACUACAUUGAUCCCACGCUGGACAACGACAACGAGACGGACUUCGACUUCCACACGGCCAUCGAUGAGGAUUGCCAGUCGCAGCGCCAGUCACAGCAGUCGAAUCAAUCCAACCAGUCGAAUCCCGCGCUUCCCCAGAGCGGCAACAGCAGCGCCAGCAGCGGCGGCGGUGUCCGGGCUUCUGCCCCCCGCAAGUCAAAGACGAAAUACUUCUUCAACUCCUCCAAAUCCUCGGCCAACGCCUCGGCCAGUGGGUCGGAUAACAAUAAGACCAGGGAGAGCUCUCGCAAACUGAACAAGAAGAUGAAGCAGAAUGCCAAGGAGCUGACCCUCAGCUCCGUGAAGCCAACGGAGCUCUCGGUGAGCGUAACCAUGAACGCUCCUAGUGCCAGCAGCAGCAGCACUGCCGGCUCCACCACAGCCUCCUCCUCCACCAUUGCCAACCAAACGGGCUCUGGCUCCGGAUCGGGAUCUAUAUCGGGCUCAAACACUGCUGCGGCCAGCGGCAGUGGCAGCGACAAGAAGGCGCUGGAGAAGAAGGUCAGCACGGUCUCUAACUCUGCCGCCAUAGCAGCUGCUACAUCCCUGGCUACUGCCGGGCCACCAGCCAUGGAGUCCAAGCCGGAAAUAAAGCGUAAGAUGGGAAAGAACCAUCGAAGCCAGCGGGAAGAGGUCAAAAAUGCCGAGAGUGUGCCCACAGAUGUCUCUGAUUCUUCCGACUCCGAGGAGAACAAUUUGCCAUUUGUGCCCACCACGGAGUGCACCUCGACGCACGAGGGCCGCCAGAUCGUCCACACCAUUCUGCCCAUCAAUGUGGACACCUUGUUCAAUAUGCUGUUCAGCAAGUCGAAAUUCAUAACCGACUUCCAUGCCAUGCGCAAGUCAACGGACCUUUCGAUUGGCGAGUGGACCAAGAACGAGGAGGGUCUCCAAACGCGCACUGUGAACGUCACUGUUCAAUUGGCCGCCUCUGUGGGACCCAAGACCUCAAAGGUAACCGAGUACCAGACGCAGCGGGAGUGCAGCAAACCGGGCGAACUGUAUUCCAUAGACGUAAACAGUGUUAAUGCAGGCAUUCCAUACGCGGACAGUUUCAGUGUGCUCAUACACUUCUGCCUGGCUAGAACUGUUGAUGAUCACACUAUGCUGUCGAUUCACACCCAGAUCAAGUACAAAAAGUCGAUCUGGGGCGUUGUUAAGGGCUUCAUCGAGAAGAACACGUGGGCGGGAGUGGAGGACUUCUUUGGCGCCCAGUUGCAUGCGCUUCAGAGCGAGACCUGCAUUCCACCUGCGAAGGGAAAGGGACGCAGGCCCAGGAGAGGCAUGAAUCAGCAAACCGCCACCUCGACCACAUCGAACAACACCAUUGCAACAGGUGCUGUCCACACAGCAACCAGUACGGACAAUGACAGCAUCCAAGAGUCGCGUCAUCGUCAUCCCCAUCAGCAGCAGCAGCAGAACGAGCAUCACCAGCAUCAGCACCUGCACAUGCACCAUCACCACCACCAUCACCACGGUAGCCAGCAUCAACACCACGAUCCCAGGCACUCCCACCACCACCAUCAUCAUCAGCCAUCGCCUCCGCUUCCCCAUCAUCACCAGCAUCCCCAUUGGCAUCACCGUAAGGCUAUACUUCAGUCCAGCAGAGGUACCGCCACCCAGAUUCGUCCACUGGAGGAGGCAGUCGGUGCGGCCCCAGUCGGUGACUCCCUAGAGGCGCAAAUGCUUUCCCCUGGAGGCGUUCCAUCGGCGGCAAUCGGCGCCGCCUCGGGUCAUCCGCUGCUGCUCGAGGGCGGCAAGCAGCAGCAGCUCCACCACCAGCAGCAGAUGCACCACCACCACCUGCAGCCGCACAAGCAGCAGCACCACCACCACCAACAGCAGCAGCAGUUGCACCUGGGCGGCGGCGACGGCCAGGCCUUGGCGACGGGUCACCUCGGUUCACAGGGUCACAGACUCAGACACAAGGGCUUGUGGUUGUUGGUUAUACUGUUGCUCUGCUUGAUGCUGGCAUUAAAUGUGAUAUUAUUACUUAAGCUCUGGAAGCUGGAGGACCGCAUCGACGUGGAUCUCAGUCGGCGGGCUCGCCUGCCCAGUUUGGGCGCCCUGAGUGAGCUACCGAGCACGAAUCAGGAAUGGCUGGAACUGCUGCGCGACCAGGAGAUGGCGCACGAGAACGAGCUGCACAAGUGGCAGCAGGUGCUCCAGACCGCCAUCGAGCUGCUGAAAAAGGUGAGCAUUGUCUGCGAAAAGAUCUACAACGAUGGCCAGCUGCGUCAGAGCAUUGAGGCGAUGUCGAUGGCGGUGCACACUGAAUUCUAAGCAUCUCAUUACCACGGUGAUUAACAGCAGCGAACAGUGACUUCGGCGAACAGCAAGGGCGACCACUAAUUGUAAUCCUAACACUCACAACCACACACAUGUAUACUGGCAGUGCGUUUCAUAACUGCAGGGAGGUUUUAGGGCAAUAUGGAUAAGUCAAAAAUGUUAAAUUCGUUCUGAUAAAUGAAUUAGUUAAUUGAUACCUUAGUUUUUUAUGUUCUGCAAAGAAAGAACUAUUGUUAUUGAACCAUUCAUUCUGAUAACUGAAUUGUUUGGAACAUAUUUUAGUUCUAUAUAAUGUAAAUUAAGAAUUUUUAUUAUUGUUCCAUUUAUUCUGAUAACUUAAUAACUAAGUAGAUAUUUUAUUUUUGUAUACUGAAUAUGAGAAAAGGUUUAUAUACCAUUCGGUUGUGCUUUAGUUGAUGUUUACUUGCUUGCCUAAAAACGAAUUUGUUUCUUAAUACUUUUCUAUGAGAUUCCUAAACGUUCUGAAAGUUUUGAAACGCACUGCGCUAGCGGGCAUUUGUUACUGAUCUCUUAGUUAGCAAUACACAAAACCCCGAAUUGUUGCAUGUUCAUUUGCCUCGGUUGAGAUUCGUUUUCUCUGGCACUGACUGAAGAGAUAAAUGUGGAAAAUUCCGUGUAGCCAAAUGCAAGCUUUAACCUAUGUUUUCCAACAUCUAUCUCAACCAGAGUUGACAAUUCUUUAGAGAUAAGUUUUGUAUUCCGUAGAGCAAACUCCAGGCCAACACAUUUUGUAAUGAAAAUCAUUUCGGUCCACCCGCAAACAAAAUUUAAAUGUUUAGAUACAUAGAAAAAGAGAAAGGAGGCACCACACAAAACUCACUGUUAAAACUUUGUAAUUUUGUAAGUAAUUUUGAUUUUUUAUUUUCCUCUGUAGAAAGUACUCAUUCACUCUCAACUAACCCCUUUUAUGUUCGACUAAUUUCUAUCUUAGUUGCUUCCUUGUAGAUUGCUUUUUAUGUGGUGAACCUUAAGUUUGCUUUUAACCCGUUUACUCAAAUAUUUUUUCGUUUUUCAGACUGAAAGAACUUUGGCUGAAAUCAUUGUACGCUAGCAGUAAAAUAAUUAAAACAUAAUAUUGUGCAAGUUAAAUUAAUCCAAUCCAAUUGUCUUAGACAAGCUAGGAAAACACCCAAUGCAAUGUUUUGGGCCAAGAGCAAAGCCACCAAGAAAAUUCUGAAAUUGAAUUUAAAAUUCAACUAAAAUUUAGUCACAAACCCAACACACACAUAAGAAAAUCGGAGGACACAAGCCAAUAUGUCAUUUAUACACAUUUAUGAUUAUGUUUUAACCGUAAGAAAAGCGCAGUGUAAUUUAUGUCAUAAGUAGCUGCAUUUUAGUUAGAUUAGAGGCAAUUGUUUUGUUUUUACCACGGCAUUUACGUGUAGCACCUGUUUGCUUGGCUUUGCUUUAGACAAAUGUAUCUACAAAUUCCUCAAGUAUUUCAUAUCUCACAACAUACCAAAAACCGAUACAAAUCACGAGAGAGCGCCCUGAAUUUUUGUUUUAGAAAAUUCAUUUAAAUGUCGAGCAAGCGCAAAACUGGCAAACUGGAGAGUAUAUUAAUUAUAACUAAUAAUAAUAAUAUAAUUGCCAGUAUAUGGCUAGAGAAAAUUUGAUAAAAACGAUUAUACAAAAUAUUUAUUGUGUACAAUAUUUUUGUAAUACCAAUCGAAACAAUUGUGAGCAAUGUUUUCGUUCUUUUGUAUAACUUCUCCUAACUCUUUACCUUUACCCAUUUUUGGCGCCCUUUUACAGACUAUACCGAUACGAAUACAAAUACAAGAAUCAGAUACCAGAUACUUCAAACUAUUCAAUCUAAAACGCAUGGCAAGAUUAAAACCCAUUAUGGCAUACUCUAUAUACACUAUAAAUAUGUACCAUGUAUAUGGGCCAAGUAUUGUUAGUCCGUAGUAGUUGCAUUUUAAAUUAACAGAGCGAAAAUAAACAAAACAAGAGCUAAAGGAAAAACAAGAACAAGAAGAAAGUGAGGAGAGGGAGAACAGAAAGUAAAGCAGAAUAUUUAA